GGGCGCGGGCGGCCGGAGGGACAGCGGGCGGGCGGACGGACGCGCUGGGCAGUGGCGAGGCGAGCGCGUGGGCGGGCGGGCCCCGGGUCCGAGCCCCCCUCGCGCCUCCUUCCCCGCUCCGCUCCCCGGACUGAGCGCGCCCCCAGCCCGGCACUGCGCCCCGCGGCUUCUCUGCGCCCGCGGGCAGCCUGCGUGCCCGGGAGGGUCGUGCGCCCGGGGCGCGCUGCCUCUUGGGCCGAGCGUGGACUUCGCGCUGCCGAGGCCCCUUGCGACUUGUGCUCCGCGCCUCCUCCUGCCGGGACCGCUCCGGGGGGCGGCGCCAUGUGGGGGUGACAGCCAGCGCGCUCGGCGGCCGUGGGGGCCGGGGGACCCGCGCCCGGUGGACGUCAGCCCGCUGGCGGGGCGACGCAGGCGCCCGGGAUGGAAGCGGAGGGCUUGGGUUGGCUUCUGGUGCCGCUGCACCAGCUGGUGGCCUGGGGGGCCGCCGGGGCCAUCGUCUUCGGAGGGGUGGUGCCGUACGUCCCGCAGUACAGGGACAUCCGGAGGACUCAGAACGCUGAGGGCUUCUCCACCUACGUGUGUCUGGUGCUCCUGGUGGCCAAUAUUCUGCGGAUACUCUUCUGGUUUGGAAGGCAUUUUGAGUCUCCGCUCCUCUGGCAGAGCGUUGUCAUGAUCUCCACCAUGUUACUGAUGCUGAAGCUCUGCACCGAGGUCCGCGUGGCCAACGAACUGAAUGUGAGACGCCGAUUCUUUGCAGCUGCAGAUGGUAAGGAUGAAGAAAUCAGAGCCCCCCCCAGGCGGUCCUGUCUGGACUUUGACCCCCACCACUUCUGGCACUGGAGUAGCUUCGCGGACUAUGUGCAGUGUGUCCUGGCCUUCGCGGGCGUGGCGGGCUACAUCACCUACCUGUCCAUCAACUCGGCCUUGUUUGUGGAGACCCUGGGCUUCCUGGCUGUGCUGACUGAGGCCAUGCUCGGCGUGCCACAGCUCUACCGCAACCACCGCCACCAGUCCACAGAGGGCAUGAGCAUCAAGAUGGUGCUCAUGUGGAUGAGUGGCGACACCUUUAAGACGGCGUACUUCCUGCUUAACGGCGCGCCCCUGCAGUUCUCCGUGUGCGGCCUGCUACAGGUGCUGGUGGACCUGGCCAUCCUGGGGCAGGCCUAUGCAUUCGCCCGCCACCCCCAGAAACCAGCCCCCCAUGCUGUGCACCCCCCUGGUGCCAAGGCCCUCUGAGGCAGCUGGGGAGCAGGAGGCUGUGGGCGCCGGCCCGGCCACUGUCCUCCCUGCACAGGGCCCCUGGCCUUGGGGUCUCUGUCAGCCUCCGUGGGCUCAAGGAGGGCCGAGGACUGCGCCCAUGUACCCGACGAUGAGUGUUUAUACCCAAGAGCCAGGCUUGGGCUGUUUUCAGGGCGACGGGGAAGCACUGCGGCUGCUCUCAGAACGGCCCGGCCGGAGCCUGGAACCUGCUCGACCCGGGGAAAACCAGAUGGGCCACAGGGCCGGGGCACCAGGAAGCGGCCCCCACAUCCCAGCCCUGCCCAUCUCCUCUCCCACAGUGGCCCAGGCCCGGGCGAGCCUGGCACAGGUGGGGCUGGGGAUCACCUUCGUCCCAGGACGGCCUGGGGAGUGGACGCCCUGGCAAAGAAGCGCGUAGGGUGGGGCUGGGUUUUGUAUGCGCCCAGGAUGCGCGGGAAGGAAGCCGUGUGCACACAUGGGCUGUUGUCUGUGUGGCCAGAGCUGUCUUCUCCAGGGCCGCCUUUGCUGAGCAGUGCUGCCUCUGGGGCCUCAGGACUCACGGGACUCGGCCCUGCUUGGCGGCUGAGUCCAGAGGCUGCCCAUGGGUCCUCUGCCUUGUUACUUACCAGUGUUCCCUGCUAGGCAAAGGCCAUGCCUGCAUCUGUAGCAGCCAGGCACUGGUCAGGGUGAGCUCGGGUGCUGGAGUCCCCAAGAGCGAUGAGGUGUGGGGGGCCCGUGUGCUCCCAGGCAGGUGCACCAGCCAUUCCCACAGAGGCCACACCUGGCAGGACAUUUCCUCUUCAUUCAGGGAAUUGCAAGCACCUGCAGCCUUUGAUGUCCUUCUUCCAGGACAGGGGGAUGGCUGCAGGCCAGGAUAGGGGACAGGAAGCAGGCAUCCCUAGUGGGCAGGGUGUCCCUGCUGGCGAGGCACCCCGGACCUCACGCUCUGGGCUCUUGGGCAUGCAGUGGCCUCCCAGGUGCUGGGGUGGCCUGGUGUGGGCAUCCCUGUGCACCCUCAACCUGUCCGCACAAUUCUGCACCUGCCUGUGGUGGGGCUGCUGGUCUGACACCAGCUCCGUAUUUGUCCCCACCUUUCCAUUUACACAGUAUCCCAGCUGGCCCAGCAGUCCCCAAGGCCGGGCAUUGUAGAUGCUUCUGUGUGGCCCCCAGGCAGCCUCUGCCCUUCUGCUGGGUGGAGAGGUGGACAGUGGGUCUGCUCUGGGUGGAGAGUGUUCAAAGCCAUCUCCUCCUGCGCUUUCCUCAAAACUCCUGAGUGUCUGAGUGAGAUUCUGCUUAGUUCUUUGGCCUGUAAGGUACUUUGAAAAUGUUUUGAAGGGAGAUGUCUUAACAGCAGUUGCCUCCACAUUAAAACAUCACUGACUGCAGUGACUCGGGGUGCCAUGUGUGGGGACAAGCAGUUCUGUCAGUGUGGUAGCUUUAAAUCAAUAAACUGCUCAAGGAUCCAGUAUGGCCUUGUCAGUGGGGGCCCGGGACAGAGUGAGUGCUGCUUCCUUCCUCGUUCCACCUCGGGGGGAGGCCCGGGAAGGCUGGCUCAGGGCACUGGCCUCUGCCAGGCUGUCCAUGGUCUCUGGGCCGGGCCGGUGCCCCCUCCGGCUACGGCCUGGCCCUGGGAAGCCUUGGCCUGCCCGUGCUGCCCUGAACCGACCUGCCGCUGCGGCCGUGGCUGCCCUGCCCGGGGUCCGGGCUCCCUUGCAGCUGGGCUGUACCGCCUUUGGUGCUGUGCUCGCUGCCAGUUCACAUGGUUUCCCCAACCACGGAUGCUUCAAAAGGGGUGAAGUGUCUUAUUUAAAGGCCAGGAAGUGUUUCAAGGGAAAGUGUCAAUUCCGUAUAGCAAUAAGGGUUGGGGCUGUUCACUGCAAAAUGGGCAAUUUCCUUUGUUUCACAGAGUAUUUAUGUUGGGGCAGGAUAUCAAAAUGUGAAAUUAAGAUGCAUGAAAGCGAUGGUAGUUUGAGUGUUCUGGUGAGUCCCUGCAGCCUCCAGCACUGGCCGCGAAUCGCAGAGUGCACUGUGCCCCUGGAGCCGACCCAGGGUGGCGCUCGAUGUGGCCCUCUGCCAGGAAGCAGGGGCCCUCAGUGUGGACCCUGGAGCCCAUCUACUGAAGGAGAACAAGGGUCCUACUUUGGGGGUGGAUUUUUAUAUCCUUCUGAUAGUGUGCCAAUUAAAAUGAACUAUUUUAAUUAAAAAACUGUGUUCAGUAGAAUUUCAAAUAGUAAAAAUACAAAAUAUA